AUGUAUAGCUGGGACGACCAGGAGAUGCGACAUGUUCGACCAGUUUUGUUCGCUCAGCAUGGAGCGACGCUGGAACAUGUUUUUGCGGAGACGAAGAUGAAUGAUUCGUGGGAGUCAGGAGACUUCCUAGAAUUGAGGAGGAGAGCACCCCGACUAAACAUCUUGCAUGCAACACUGCGAUUAGUUCCGGCGGAGGAUGGCAAGGGUGAAGGCACGAUAUGGCCAGACGUUCCACCAACAGCACCCAUCGUGAGAUCCGGCCCAGCGACACUUCUUCCCCCCGAGAAACGAAAACUAAAAAGGUUACAUUCUUUUGGCCUCGCGCGGCUCAAAUCCUUGCUCUCUCACCCAAGCGGACUGCGAUCGGUGGAGCCUGUCAAAACCUUCGUCUCUUCCUCGCUAUCGCCAUACCCAAGCGCAGCACCCACAUCCACCACCAUAAGCGCCCAUGACGCGUUGACUUCCUUUGUUCACUUACGUGGCCUCUACCUCCGUGCCAAAUCUCACGCUGACUCCUACCAAUUCAUCAUGGAUGAUCGCGAUCCGUUCCGCUGCGGUUCGUCACUCCUGAAGCACGACGACACUACUUCGUUCCUGCUGCGCACGUGGAACGACUUCAAGCCCGACAGCCAGAUUGAGAAGAUCGAGAUUCUGUUCUACGCACCGACUGGAAGCGACAAGCGCUGCAAAUGCCGCCUCCAAGAAGAGUGGGUGCGCUGA